CGCCAGCCAGAGAAAUGUUCGUGAGCGACCUCCGUAAAGAGUUUUACGAUGUUAUCGUAACUCAGCGUGUGCUUCUCCUUGUUGCAGCUGAUGUGGAUUCUCUUUGUGCGUGUAAAAUACUUCAAGCAUUGUUUCAGUGUGAUCAUGUACAGUAUACUUUGGUCCCAGUCUCUGGCUGGCAGGAGCUUGAAACGCUAUUCCUUGAACAUAAAGAUCAAUUCCAGCACUUUGUUCUAAUAAACUGUGGUGCAAAUGUUGAUCUUCUGGAGAUGUUACAACCACAGGAAGAGUCCAUCUUCUACAUAUGCGACACUCAUCGGCCCAUAGAUGUUGUGAAUGUGUAUAAUGACAGCCAGAUCAAGUUACUGAUCAAACAGGACGAUGACCUGGAAAUUCCUACUUAUGAUGACAUUUUUCGUGAUGAUGAGGAAGAUGAAGAAGGAGAUGAUUCUGGCAAUGAAAGUGAAGGAUCUGAGCCAUCAGGAAAGAGACGGCGCUUUGAUGAAGGGGCUGUUGAGAGGAGGAUAGAGAAACGACGAGCACGAAGAGAGUGGGAAGCUCGCAGACGUGAAAUUCUUUUUGACUAUGAGCAAUAUGAAUACCAUGGGACGUCUUCAGCAAUGAUGAUGUUUGAACUUUCUUGGAUCAUGUCUAAAGAUUCAAAUGACAUGUUGUGGUGGGCUAUAGUUGGGCUGACUGACCAGUGGGUUCAAGACCGAAUUACUCAAAUGAAAUAUGUGACUGAUGUGGGAACCCUCCAACGUCAUGUCUCUCGGCACAACCAUCGUAAUGAAGAUGAGGAGAAUUCUCUCUCAAUUGACUGCAUGAGGAUAGCUUUCGAGUAUGAUCUGCGACUUUCCUUGUAUCAGCAUUGGUCAUUGUAUGAAAGCAUCUGUAACUCUUGCUAUACAACAGCCAGUCUCAAGCUCUGGUCUGUGCAAGGGCAAAAAAGGCUCCAAGAAUUUCUUGCAGAUAUGGGGCUGCCUCUUAAGCAGGUGAAACAAAAGUUUAACUCCAUGGAUAUAUCUUUGAAAGAAAAUCUUCGGGAAAUGAUAGAGGAGUCUGCAAAUAAAUUUGGGCUGACGGAUAUCCGAAUCCAGACAUUCAGUGCGCAGUUUGGGUUUAAGAACAAGUUCCUGGCCAUUGACAUUGUUUUUGCUGUUGCUUCCCUCCUGGAAAACAUUGAGAGAGAUGAAAGUGGAACAGAUAACUUUAUCAAGGCUUUAGACAGUUUGUCAAGAAGUAAUCUGGAUAAAUUGCACCUUGGAUUGGAGAUGGCUAAGAAGCUGCUGCGUGCAAUUCAACAGACUGUGGCUAGCUGUAUCUGCACUAAUCUCAUCCUCUCUCAGGGGCCUUUCCUGUACUGCUAUUUAAUGGAGGGUACUCCAGACGUCAAGAUGUUCUCCAAACCUGUGUCCCUCUGCUUGCUCUGUAAAUACUUGCUGAAGUCGUUUGUGUGCUCGACUAGGAAUAAGCGCUGUAAGCUGCUUCCGCUUGUGCUGGCAGCUCCUUUGGAUGUUGAUAUGGGCACUGUGAUCAUGGUGGGAAUCCCUCCGGAAGCAGAGAGUUCAGACAAGAAGAAUUUCUUUGGCCGAGCGUUUGAGAAAGCAGCAGAGAGCACCAGUUCGAGGACACGCCACAAUCAGUUUGAUAUGUCUGUUAUAGAGUUAAGGACAGAGGACCGAAGCAAGUUUUUGGAUGCACUCAUCUCUCUCCUAUCAUAAGUGAUUUGUGACCAAUAUCCAUCAGCUGGUUCGAUUCUUCACUUCUAGCUUUCAUUUGUAAAUGCUCUUUUAUUACUACUUUUUACCAUGUUGUUUUUAUGUGCUAAUUAAAUUAUUGUGUAGCUAUUAAAAUAUAUCCAUGUAAUCUAAAAUGUUUUAUUCCUUGCUGUAAUUAUUGCAUGAAAUCUGAAAAUGUAAAUAAAAAAAAUCUCUAUA